AUGGAGAUAGAGAAGUAGGCUUCCGAAAAGUAAAACAAUGUUAAAGCUGAGUUAUAUUCUGACCUAUUGUGUCUUGCUGGCACCGUACUGUCAAAGUUUAAAUAUAGAAGUUGUUAAGAAAUCGGGAUCAUGUCCAAAACUUCCACACCCCUUAGACAAGGCCUCUUACAAAGGCAAAGUAAUUCAUCCGGGCAUGUUCUUGGAUACCAAAAAUCCUAUUCCGAAGCUCGAUUUCGAAUUACCAGCUUGUAAGGCCACUGAAUUUUCCUAUCCUGACCCAACUGACCUCAUUACCAUCGGUACAGAUAAUACGACCUAUAUUGUGCUCUACGGGUGUAAGUUUUUCAAAAGCUCCAACAACUAUAUAGAAUACGGGCAUGUCUUAACGUCAGAGAAGGGCCCAAAUCCGGUCGAUGACAAAGCCAUUAGAGAAAUCUUUAAUAAAAACAAACUUAGCUUAAAACAAUUCGCCCCAGAGUGCAAACAAUAAUACAAAUAUCUGAAUAACAUUCACUUGCCAAUAAAAAUGAAUAAUUUAUAUAAAUAAUA